GGCAGCCGGCCCCCUCCCUGCCGCCGGGCGGGCGGGCGGCUGGGAGCGCACGGAGGCAGCCGAAGGACAGCCCGCCGGAGCCCGUCCCGACAAAAUGUGAAAGCAUUUGCAUCUUCAGAUAGCCUAGCCAAGGUCCAAGAAGUAGCAAGCUGGCUUUUGGAAAUGAAUCAGGAACUGCUCUCUGUGGGCAGCAAGAGGCGGCGAACUGGUGGAUCUCUUCGAGCUAAUGCUUCCUCAAGCCAAGUAGAUGAGGAGCAGAUGAAUCGGGUUGUAGAAGAGGAGGAGCAGCAGCAAAGACAACAACAGGAGGAGCAGCACAUUGGGAGGAACAGAGAGAUAAGAGGAGAAGAACCUGGGUUUGAUGACAGACGUGAAUCCCAGCAAGAACAGUUAGAAGAAAAUAACAAUAGACUUAUUACAGUGGAUGAAGAAUCCACUUGUAACCAAGAGGAAGAUGAUGAUGAGCAUGCUGGUGAUCAAGAGGAAGAGGUGGAAGAGGAGGAGGAAAUGGACCAGGAGAGCGAUGAUUUUGAUCAGUCUGAUGACAGCAGUAGAGAAGAUGAACAUGCUAACAGUAACAGUGUUACUAAUUCCAGUAGCCUCGUAGACUUGCCUAUUCAUCAGUCAUCGCCAUUCUAUGUAAAGACAAAGAUGAAGAGAAAGUUGGACCAUGGCUCCGAGGUCCGUUCUUUCUCUCUGGGGAAGAAACCCUGCAAAGUCUCAGAAUACACAAGUACCACAGGGCUGGUGCCAUGCUCUGCCACACCGACCACUUUUGGGGACCUGAGGGCAGCCAACGGCCAGGGGCAGCAGCGCCGCCGCAUUACAUCUGUACAGCCACCCACGGGCCUUCAGGAAUGGCUGAAAAUGUUUCAGAGCUGGAGUGGACCAGAGAAAUUACUUGCUUUAGAUGAACUCAUUGACAGUUGUGAACCAACACAAGUGAAACACAUGAUGCAAGUGAUAGAACCCCAGUUUCAAAGAGACUUCAUUUCCUUGCUCCCAAAAGAGUUGGCGCUGUACGUGCUGUCAUUCCUGGAACCCAGGGACCUUCUGCAGGCAGCUCAGACGUGCCGUUAUUGGAGGAUUCUGGCUGAAGAUAAUCUUCUCUGGAGAGAGAAAUGCAAAGAGGAAGGGAUUGACGAACCAUUACAUAUCAAAAGGAGGAAAGUAAUUAAACCAGGCUUUAUACACAGUCCGUGGAAGAGCGCGUACAUUCGACAACACAGAAUUGAUACCAACUGGCGGCGAGGAGAACUUAAAUCGCCUAAGGUGCUCAAAGGCCAUGACGAUCACGUGAUCACAUGCCUGCAGUUCUGCGGGAACCGGAUAGUGAGCGGCUCUGAUGACAAUACACUGAAAGUGUGGUCAGCAGUUACUGGCAAGUGCUUGAGAACAUUAGUUGGACAUACAGGUGGAGUCUGGUCAUCACAGAUGAGGGACAACAUCAUCAUCAGUGGAUCUACAGACCGGACUUUGAAAGUCUGGAACGCUGAGACUGGCGAAUGCAUACAUACUUUGUAUGGACACACCUCCACGGUGCGCUGCAUGCAUCUCCACGAGAAGAGAGUGGUCAGUGGUUCUCGAGAUGCUACACUGAGAGUUUGGGACAUAGAGACGGGCCAGUGUUUACAUGUUCUGAUGGGCCACGUAGCUGCAGUUCGAUGCGUUCAGUAUGAUGGCAGAAGGGUUGUAAGUGGUGCAUAUGACUUUAUGGUCAAAGUGUGGGAUCCGGAGACCGAGACCUGUCUGCACACGCUGCAAGGGCAUACCAACAGAGUCUAUUCAUUACAGUUUGAUGGUAUCCAUGUGGUGAGCGGAUCUCUUGACACCUCCAUCCGAGUUUGGGAUGUGGAGACAGGAAACUGCAUUCACACACUCACAGGCCACCAGUCUUUGACGAGUGGAAUGGAACUUAAGGACAAUAUACUCGUGUCUGGAAAUGCUGAUUCUACAGUCAAAAUCUGGGACAUUAAAACAGGACAAUGUUUACAGACAUUGCAAGGUCCCAACAAACAUCAGAGCGCUGUGACCUGUUUACAAUUCAACAAGAACUUUGUAAUUACCAGCUCAGAUGAUGGGACUGUAAAACUUUGGGACUUGAAAACGGGUGAAUUUAUCCGAAAUCUAGUUACAUUGGAGAGCGGGGGAAGCGGAGGCGUCGUGUGGCGGAUCAGAGCUUCCAACACAAAGCUGGUGUGCGCCGUUGGGAGCCGGAACGGGACUGAGGAAACAAAGCUGCUGGUGUUGGACUUUGACGUGGAUAUGAAGUGAAGGGCAGAAAGAUGAAUUUAUCCAAACGUGUAGACGAUGUUCUCCUUUCCCUCCC